AGUGCCGUAACGAGGGAAUGAAUGGUGCGAAGCGCCUGUGGCAAGUUGUGGCAAGCGCUGUAACUAAGUACAUCUGUAGUCUCUAUCAACAAUUAUUUCAAACUUAUUAUUAUUUGUGUACGAAUACAUCGCUUUUAUACAAGAAUUACAAGAACACGAGUUUGUUUAAAUAUAUAAUUGAUUAUGCAUUCAACUUUAUUAAGACAUCAACUUUUAGAACUGACUAAUUGUUUAACACGACAUGUAAGAAGUUUGUAUAUUUUAAAAGGUUACAAAAAUACCUUAAUAUUAAAUGAAUUAAUGAGUUCGAAGUUUAAUUCAUAUUGUUGUACUUUUAAUUUGAACAAAGUUAAUCAAUUUUCUACCACGAGCAUGUUUUUAAAAAACAAAAGUCGUGUUAAAGAUAGAAGCAAAGUGCAUGUAGAUGUUCAUCAAUUAGCUGAAGUAAUAAAAUUAGAUAAGAUGAUGUCAGAGUUUGAUGAAGAACUUGAAAAAUUGAAGGAAGAUCUAAUAAAGUAUGCAAGUGUACGUUCAAAUAUAGGUGCUAUAGAAAAUUUACCUAUAAUGUACGAGGAUGAAGAAUAUAAACUUGCAGAGCUUGUGGAAAUUAGCCGCAAACCAAAUCUGAUAGUAUUAAGUGUUGGUGCAUUUCCACAAAUUAUUCCAAGCAUCUUAGAAACACUUGUAAAGUCUCAAAUGAAUUUAAACCCACAACAAGAGGGUACAACUAUUUAUGUACCAAUUCCAAAAAUCACAAAGGAGUAUAGGGAAAACCUGGCAAAAAAUGCAAAACAAUAUUUUGUAAAAUGUAAAACUGCUAUUAGUGAUAUAAGAAAUCUAUAUGUCAAAAAAUUAAAGAGAGCCGAAAGUAUUCCUGAAGAUUUAAUUUACAAUGGUGAGAAUUACAUAACUGCUGUACAGCGAGAGUAUGUGGAGAAAGCAGAAGAACUGUUGAAAACAAAACAGAAAGAACUUUUAGGGGAAUCAUAAUUUUACAUUUUACACUUUAUACUCUGGAAAUGAUCUAUUUCCUGUUUGUUUCAUUGUUUGUAAAUAUUUAUGAAUGUGUAUUUAAGUAUGAUAAAUAUCAUGUAUUAGUA